ACUUUAUUAAAAACGUCAAGAAAUCUAAAAAAAGCCGGAAGGCAACUUAGUUUUUAUUUUUAUUGUUAUUUGUUUAAUUAUUAUUAAGAUACUACGUUAAUAGUAACAACCAUAAUUUUAUCUAGUCUUAGAGCUUAUUUCGUGUGGAGAGUAAUUUAAUUGCAAAUAUCUGUGCCUGUGACGGGUUUAUGGAGCCAUAAAACUGUUGAUAUAAAGUCCUUUGUUUAGGAAACAGCAAUUUCUUCGUGUUUUCUCGUGAACUGGGUGUGGAAAAGGCAUUUGGGAGGCGUUUGACGCGUGUUUUUAUUGUUCUUUGUUAGAAACAAGUGUGGAAAGUGGUCAGACAAGCUUAUUUCAGCUCGGUUUUAUGGUCGAAAGGGGUAAACCAUUUCGUCAUUAAAGUUUAUUCAUUUGCCGUCACGAAUAUGGCUGUAUUGCUCAACGCUCGUUGUGAAAACCGUCUGAAAGGUAUUCGGAACAAGAAAACUCCAUUAAUAAUCCAAUAAGAGUCUUGUAAGUUGUGUAAAACACCCAAAAUGUCGGCCGUGGGUGAUAACAAAGAGAUUUGGUCGGUGAGCGGCGAUCGACUCGAUUCUAAGUACGAGAAAUGCCGUAAUAUAACAGAGGAGAUAUACAAAAGGAUAAAUAUUACAUUUCAAAUAAAGAAACUGGAGACAGAAGCACAAAGUGAUGUGUCGGACCACAGUGACCAAAUAGACAGCAAUGACAUCAGCAACGAGACAGAUCUCUUCGCGUGCGAUAAGAGUGACACCCUCAGCAGCAGCACGGAGGCCGAGAAGCCAACCGUGACGUGUGAGAAGUACAUUAACAAUAAUAAUAAUGAGGAGUUGAAGAAGAAAACUGCUGUGGUCUGUAAGAGGCCGAGGAAACGUUUCAGGAAACGAGUAAAGAAGCGCCAAUCUCGCACUCGGAGUGACUCGGAAGGCUCAAGCGACGAAGCCCUGCCACUCAGCCGCAUCGUCGAGGUAGACAGCAAAUUGCUCAACACGGAGUCACCGGACAACGUUAUGGGAGUACCUAACAUUGUUAUUGUCACCAGAGAUCUUAAACCAAAAAUACAAACAGAGAAGAAGUCUCCAGCCAAAACUGCAACAGAAGUGACGAAGGAAAGUCCUCCCCCCUCCAAACAGGAGAAGGAAAUAGGAGGAACUCCCCCCGUCAAAGCUCAAGAGGAGAUAGGGGUAACUCCCCCUAUCAAAGCUAAGGAGGAGAAAGGCAGUGGGGAGUGGAAGAGCUGUUCUUUGUGCAGUCUUUCUUUCAGAGGGGAGAGGGGACUGAGACGCCACAUGACGAUGUCUCACAUAAUAAACCAAGAAGAAACUAAGAAGUCCAAUAAACCCGAGCAACGAGAAAAAAACACUUUAGACGGGUAAACCGCAGAAACGACCAGCCGCCACUUUUAACCGGCCAAAGUGCAAAAUUUUACGUCUAACUGUAUUUUCGCGUCCGUUUUUUAAAUGAAAGCCAAGUGGUACUUUUUUGAACAGCCACUUCGUAAAGUACCACUUCUAAAAAUGGCGGCUGUUCGGAUUUUUUAUUAUUAUUAAAUGUUUUUUAAAGAUAGUUUAUGGGAAAGCUAGUUUUGAAGUUUUUUGGUAAUUUUAUUGUGGAAAAAAAAUGUGAUUUGAAUGUGGGUUGGCGUGCAAUAGGAGGCCUUGCUGGAGGGACUGAGUGCAUGUACUUUUAAUUUGUUAAAAUAUUGUAUUAGAAACGGAAAAAAAUUCUCUUUGAUGAUCAAAGUAUUGUCUUGCUAAUACAUACUAGGUUGGAUUUUAUUUAUCGAAGUAAUAAAAACCCAUAGGAAAGUCUAUUUCGUUAAAAUUAUAUGCACUCUGUACUUUUCUGAAUAGUGGUACUUCGUAAGAAUAUUAGUGCCAAUGCUGUCAAAACAAUUGUUGGGAAUAAUAUAAAUAAGAAUUUAAAGACGAUGGCUCUCUAAAAAGCGAAACUUUUUCAAUGAUAAUUUGUCAUAUUUGACUUUAAUAAAAGUGCUUGGAUUCAAUCCAAAAAAAACGUGAUGAAAAAAAAUUACUACCGGUGUUUGAAAUUGUGUGGUAUAUAAGGAUUAGUAUAUUUCGAUAAUUGCCUGAUUUAUAUAUUUUAAACCGACUUUUCCGGAAAAGGAGGUUCUGAAUAUUUUGAAGAGAAAUACUGAAAAUCACUCAGUACUAUAUGAUUCAGUGCUAUUUAUGAAAUAAAGAAAAAAUGCAAGCCUAUUGGUAGUAUUUGAAAUUUUGACGAUUGGUACUUUAGUGAUAAAAAUGUUGACAGCAUUGGCACUUUUAGUGUCAGGGUUGAAAAUAUCUGUGAUCGUUCGGCGCAUUGUGAUGUAGGUUAGAAAUUGAGGGCGGGGGACGUAAGUUUAUUUUUUAAAGGUCAAAAAAAUAUUAUUAUAUACAAAAAUAAAAUAUUUGACGUUUUUGUCUCAGUUUUGAGGCGAUCAUAGAAGCAGUUGUGUUAUUUAGAAGAUGUCAAAAUUUUUGGCGUUUAUUGAAAUUGCAAAUAUCAUUUCAUAUUUGGCAAAGCCAUUUUAAGUAAGGAGUCCAAAAAAUAAACUUAUGUCCGAUUAUUAUUGAAAGUAAAUAAAAAUGGUUCGGCAUAUACAAGUACAAAAUUCUAUUUAGUAAAAAAAGAGGAAGAGAAAGGAAAUUGAAAUUUUUCUAAAAAGCGAAAAUAUUAAAUUAAAAAAUAUUGUCUUAGAUUUUAGCUUCUUCUAUAUUUAGAGUUUAAGGAUUAAAACCGUUUUUCCGAUCUGUCUAGCUGUGUUGCCAGUUAAGAUAAAUGUGGGUGUUGCAAUAUGAGAAAAAAAUUUUUUUUUCUUAAAGCGGUGCUAUUUUUGUGUUAAGUCGAGAUAUUAAUGUUAAACUAGUCAGUUUAAAUGUUUGCCACUUAUUGUUCCUAGCGUAUUUGUUUAUGAAAUGGCUUUGAGAGAAGUUACUUGAAAAAUAUCAUUAUCAUCAUUUUUAUCGUCCCACUGUUGGGCAGCGGCCUCCUCUCACACGGAGAAGGAUUGAGCGUUAAUCACCACGCUUGCUCAAUGCGGGUUGGUGAUUUCAGACUUUAUAGUCCAGAAAUACUGAAAACUUUACUUAACUUUAAGUUUUUACUGUUGCACAAAUUUUAGUUAGUGUAACAGAGCUAGAAUGAUGCACUUUAAAUUGAGUGGCGUUUCAGUAUCCGGCCCUAAGGCAUCAAGGAAAAU